AUGCAGGCCACCGCCGGUCGUCAGCAGUUGCCGCCGGUCUCCGCGAUGGACCUCUUCCCCGACGGGGCCUUCGUGCGGCUGCGGAACCGCGCGCAGGAGACGUACCUCCACGCCGACGACGACGGGGAGGGGGUCUCCGUGCGCCCGCACGGCGGCGUCUUCUCCCUGAACGCGGUGUGGCGGGUGCACCGCGUCGAGGUCUACGGGGCCACCUUCGUCCUCCUCCAGGGCGCCGCCUACGGCCGCUACCUCGCGAUCUCGCCCGCCGCGGCGCCGCCCGGCCACCGCGGCAACCGCGCUGUCCAGCGCGACUACGAAGGGGCCGACGUGGGCGCCCUCAUGUGGAGGCCCUUCAGGGUGGUCGACGACGCGAGAUACGUCCGCCUGCGCCAGGACUUCAACCGCAACCUCCGCGCCAACGGCAGGUUCCGCUUCUGGCACACCGCCGUCACCGUCGAUACCAACGAAGGCAGGUGGAGCACGAUGAUGCAGUGGACGGUCGGCAGAUUCCAGCUGGGACCGGGGCUGCCACCCCUUCCACGUCCGACUGCGAAUCUAGGAGGCCGCAGUGACCUGUUCCGGCGGCGCAGGCCCGAGGCGGAUGAACGGCGGACGAUCCGGCACGUGCGGGCGAACGACGAAGGGGAGUUCGACCAGAACUAUAAUAACUGGCCCACCUUCCAUUUCUACGGCCGCUCCGUGUUCAACCUGAGGAUGCAGGUGGGGAUACGCCAGCCUGGCGGGGAAUACGGGGACGGCAUCACACUGGCCGUGCAGCCCGGCUUGCAAGGGCGGCUAACCCCUCUGGUCACCGACUUGCCUCGCAGCGUAGAUACCAUGGACAUCGUCGUCUUCAACACCGGAUCACAAGGUAAUGGUUUACUUCUUUUGGCUUGGAUUAAUCUAAAGCAGGUUGUAGACAAGCAGAUGCAUUCUAGUGAAAUAGUCUCAGACUCUCAGGAUUUCAUUUCUCAGUGUUGA